UUCUCAUCGGUUCGAUCCCGUACCCGAGGUCCCAUGUCAACCGUCAGAUUCAUCUAGCAGAAGUCGACGUCACCUAUGUCUGACCGUUCGUGGAAGUUAAAGAGAGAGAGAGAGAGAGCGCGAGAGCGAGCGAGCGAGAGAGAGAGAGAGAGACUCUCAGCUGCUCUACGGUCUUGGCUGCUGGUUUGAUUGCUUAGAGGGCCUUCUUUCAUACUGAUGUUCUUGAAUCAAGGCUGUGAUAGACAUUUGAAGUACAGAUCAAAUGCCCUCAUUAAAAAUGAAGACCAAACUGAGCUCAAGCUGUUUCAAAGAAAAAAAUGGUCUUCAUGCAUGUCAAAAGUCAAGUAAAAUUUCCAAAAACUCUUGCUCGUAUGUCAGGAUUUCUGAACAAGCAGCAGAAUUUGACUCCUUUAUUCAUAAAUGUCAGGAUGUUUCUUCAAGCACACAAGUGUCCAUGAAGAACAUUGAAAGUGAUGAAGCAAUUGACCAUGAAGAGUUACUGGAUAAAGAAAAUUCUCAGUUUCAGAAGCAGUCAUCAUUUUUUGUUGAUUCUGCAAUCAUCGGGAGAAUGGAAUCUAUCCACAGUUCAAGCCUAGGGACAAUUUUUUCCCCUGCUUUGGAGCCCAUCACCAAAUCUAAAGCUGAUGAUGAUGCAGGGAACAACAAAGAUCCUGACAUGCCAGUGUUGGGAGCCAAUGACAGUGAUGAUAAUAGAAGUUCAUCCGAUUACCAAACUUGUGAUGUAUCGGAUUUCUACAUAUCUGACAUGAUUGUUGCUAGCUUACCAUUCAAUGGGCAUGCGUUUGACGAUGAUGACAUUAGUGAGGGCAAUUGCUUUCCUGAUUACAGAUGUGCUGAGCCAAGUUUGUUGUUUGAUGUGGCUGAGCAAUGCAUGACGCUGCCUUUCCUUGAGGACACUGUCAAAACCAGCAAUAUGAACAACACUCAAUCAUGUGAAGAAGCCAUGAUGGGUUCAGAUAGUACUGGCUUGUACCGAGCAAUUGAUCAAUUGAGAUCCUGCAACCAGGAAUUUGAUGUCAACGCUGACUCUGAUCAGGCAGAGUGCUUCGAUCCACAAGUGUUCCUAAGAAAUUUACCGGAACUCUCAGAUGUGGUAUCAAAUUUUCAGCCCCCUAUAUUGCCAAAGGAAGCUCAGAAUGGGAAACCUGUAACACUAGUACUUGAUUUGGAUGAAACACUAGUUCACUCCACAUUGGAACCCCGUGAUGAUGCGGACUUCACCUUCACUGUUUUCUUUGACAUGAAGGAACACACUGUAUAUGUGAAACAGAGGCCUUAUCUCCAUACUUUCUUGGAGAGAGUUGCGGAGAUGUUUGAAAUUGUUAUUUUUACCGCAAGCCAAAGCAUCUAUGCAAAACAACUUCUUGAUAUACUGGAUCCAGCUGGAAAACUUAUAUCUCGCCGAGUUUACCGUGAAGCAUGCAUUUUUGCAGAUGGCAGUUACACUAAAGAUUUGACAGUUUUAGGUGUUGAUCUUGCAAAAGUUGCCAUAAUUGAUAAUUCUCCUCAGGUUUUCCGUUUGCAAGUCAAUAAUGGGAUUCCUAUAAAAAGUUGGUUUGAUGAUUCAUCAGACAGUGCACUAAUUUCCUUACUUCCCUUCUUGGAGACCCUGGCUGAUGCUGAUGACGUCCGUCCAAUCAUUGCCAAGAGAUUUGGUCAUUUGAAGAACAUGCAGAAAUAUCUGCUAAUGGAAAAAACAGUAGAGGGAAAAGGGUCAAAGCAGUACAACCCACGAUAUCCAUUGGUUUGAAAUCAAUGUCUAUUACAAUUGAAAUGGGUGCAGGGAAUUCACUGAAAAUGGUAUCAGUUUGAUUUUGAUGGAAGUAUACUCGUUCACUCCCCUCAUUUCCUUAUUACCAUGGCAUGCAUUUAUCAAAAAGCCAGGAUGGAGCUACUGGCUUUGGAUUUUGGGUAUCUGAGGAGGAGAGAAUAAGAUCAAAAUCAAGCCUAAAUUUUUAGCUGCCAAUGCUUUAGCCCUGAAUCAAGUUCUUAUGUGUAAGCUUUUGAGGUCUUCAUAUUAAGUUAAAAAGAGGAUCGAUCCAUGUCAUGCUCCUUAUUUAAGGGAGAUUUUAUAAAUUUAUUUGUGAUGGACACAGAAUUUCUUAACAGCCCAAUAUUCAUCGUUUACAUCCGUUUUAAGGAUUCUUCUUCUGGGAGCUACCGUUAGGUAUGACCGGGUUGUAUUUUUUGGUGUUUUUUACAUGUAUUUUUUUAACACUUUAAUUUUCUUUUUUUUUU